AUGAUCCGGGAAACGGAGAGGAACAGAGGAAAACAGAAUAGACCAUUACAACAUGGGCAGGGGUCAGGGAGGCCGGCCAGAGUGAGGUUACGUACACUGUUCCGAGUGGCGUCGGUGGCAUGUGGAAUUCAAUUUGGAUGGGCUCUUCAGUUGUCCCUUUUAACCCCUUAUGUUCAGGAACUGGGAAUUCCGCACGCAUGGUCCAGUAUUAUUUGGCUCUGCGGUCCUCUAUCGGGACUUCUGGUUCAGCCCUUAGUCGGUCUUAUGAGCGACCGCUGCACCAGCAAGCUUGGACGCCGCCGCCCCUUCAUCAUCGGCGGCGCCACCUCCAUAGUUGUUUCUGUUGUCAUUAUCGGCUUUUCUGCCGACAUCGGAUGGGUGCUUGGGGAUAGGGGUGACAAGAAAACUCGUACCGUGGUGGUCUAUGUCUUUGGGUUCUGGCUUCUUGAUGUGGCUAAUAAUAUGACUCAAGGCCCCUGUCGUGCCCUGCUCGCUGAUCUCACUGGUAAGGAUCACAGGAGAACUCGAGUAGCAAAUGCGUACUUUUCCCUAUUUAUGGCUGUUGGUAACAUCCUUGGAUAUGCCACUGGAUCUUACAGCAACUGGUUCAAGAUUUUUCCCUUCUCCCUCACUCCUGCCUGCAGUGUUAACUGUGCUAAUCUCAAGGCUGCAUUCAUUCUUGACAUUAUUUUUAUUGUCAUAACUACAUGUAUAAGCUUAACUGCAGCCCAUGAGCAGUCCUUAAAUGUAGGCAACAAUUCCCCUAAUUUUGGCGAAGGAGGGUCCCAGAAUUCUUCUCAAGAGAACGAAGCUUUUUUAUGGGAGUUGUUUGGGACUUUUAGGUAUCUACCAGGUACUGUUUGGACAAUCCUGCUUGUAACUUCUCUGACUUGGAUUGGCUGGUUUCCAUUUACUCUUUACGAUACUGACUGGAUGGGUCGUGAAAUAUAUGGUGGCAAGCCAAAUGAAGGGGAAAAUUAUAGCAUUGGAGUCAGAAUGGGUUCAUUGGGCCUAAUGUUGAACUCAGUGAUGCUUGGGAUUACUUCAGUGUUUAUGGAGAAGCUCUGUAGCAAGUGGGGGGCUGGUUUUACAUGGGGACUUUCGAAUAUUCUCAUGGCUUUAUGCUUUAUAGCAAUGCUUAUAGUUGCUGCAAUCAGGAGUAAAAUGAAUACUCUUAACAAUCUUCCUCCGAAUGGUGUUGUCAUUGCUGCACUAGUAGCAUUCACAGUUCUUGGCAUUCCAUUAUCUAUAACCUACAGUGUUCCAUAUGCCUUGGUAUCUGCACGUAUUGAAGCUUUAGGCCUGGGUCAAGGAUUGUCCAUGGGGGUUUUGAAUCUGGCAAUUGUGAUUCCACAGGUUAUCGUGUCCCUUGGAUCUGGGCCAUUGGAUCAAUUAUUUGAACAAGGGUUGAAAGAUCCAGGAUCCAGCAUUGAGGUUUUAAUGUCUUCACGAGGGAUCAGUUUUAUGGUACUGCUAAAUUCCUGGCACCAGCUGGCUGGCAAUUCUUACCUACAAUCUAAAGCUUUACCUGUGGAAUCGAGUUUCCUACUAUUCUGA